GAGAAUCGAUCCCAAGAUCACCUGAAAUUGGGAGGAAAGGUGUAACCACACCAAGCUAUCCCUCACUCUCACGAGUAGAGUCAUGUCUUAGUUCAAGAUAACACCUUAUUUCAUGCAAAAUCAAUAAAGCUCCGAGAAUAGGGGGUAAACAACUAAACAAGUAAACAAAAACUGAUGAACCUAGACCUAUCUGUCCUCAUUUUCCCGCUCUGUCUUGAAGCGCACUCCACUUGGCGACUUCUGAACAUCUCUAUCCUCCAUUGAAGCAGCUUCUGAGCACCGAAAGUGACGUGGUUGAUGAUUGCAGCUAGUUUUUAUUCUGGUAAUGGCAUCUCAAAAACUGCUUGUCCACGUACAAGGGGCCUAUAUAGGAAAAUGUAGUGACCCUAUGGUUGUUUAUAAUUGAAGAGAGAGUUUUGUAUGUACCCUUUGGUAAAGCAGAUACAUACCAUUCCCAGGACACUAACCUUUUUCUCUCGCUUACUUGACCAUUGUCACUCAUCAAAGUCACUGAAUUUAACCAAAGUGGUCCAUGGACAGUUAAUAAAAGUUGGAUUUAAUCGUCACACAUUUUUAGGUAAUCGCUGCCUUGAACUUUAUACCCGGUGUCAAUUUGUUGAUGACAUCCUUAAAGCAUUUGGUGACAUAUCAAGGAAGAAUACUAUAUCUUGGAAUAUUUGCUUGAAGGGGUUGUUGAAUUGUGGCCACAGUGAGAUCGCUCAGUCCUUGUUCGAGAGGAUACCUGAACAAGAUGUUGUUAGUUGGAAUACUAUGAUUUCAUGGUAUGCCUCAUGUGGACAUAGUGAUUGUGUGUGGGAAAAAUUCCGAGAAAUGCAAUAUAUGGGAGUGAAGCCAAGCGGGUAUACUUAUUCAAUUGUCGCAUCAUUGGUGUUUGAUGCCAUCUUGGGCAAGGAGCUUCAUGGUAAGAUGAUUAGAAGUGGUUUAAUCAGGUCAAACUUGGUUCUAGGGAAUUCUUUAAUUGAUAUGUAUGGCAAGAUUGGCCUAAUUGACUAUGCUGUUGGUGUUUUUUUGAGUAUGGAACAUUUGGAUUUGAUAUCUUGGAAUUCAUUAAUUGUGGGUUGUUGUAAAGCUGGAUUUGGGGAAUUAGCACUUAAUCAGUUUUCUUCAAUGAGAUACUUGGGGUUUCCACCUGAUGAGUUUACAUGUUCUGCAGUAAUCACUUGCUGUACGAAUUUGCGAAACUUAGAAAGGGGUAAGCAGAUUUUUGCUCUCUGUAUCAAGGUUGGCUUUCUUAGCAAUUCCAUUAUCUCAAGUGCCAUUAUUGACCUGUUCUCGAAAUGCAACAGAUUGGAGCAUUCAGUUCAACUCUUCAAAGAGCUUGACAGACACAAUUCUGCAGAUUGCAAUUCCAUGAUAUCAGGCUAUACAUCUCAUGACAUCAGUGAGAGUGCUAUCCAACUCCUCAUGGUCAUGCUGAAGGAGGAUAUAAGGCCUACAGAGUUCACCCUUAGCAGUAUUUUGUCCUCCAUUAGUGGUAUGAAAGUGGUGCAAGGAACUCACAUCCAUUCUUUGGUGGUUAAAAUAGGUUUUGAGAUUGAUUGUGUUGUUUGUAGCUCACUCAUUCAUAUGUAUGCAACACUUGGGUUGAUCGAUUGUGCUAUGAAAAUUUUUGCGAGUAUGACCUUGCCAGAUUUGAUUUCUUGGAAUACCAUGAUUAUGGGUUUGACUCUUAAUGGAAGAUUAGUUAUGGCAAUAAACACUUUCAAAGAACUACAUAGAAGAGGUCCAUUGCCCGAUCAAAUAUCGCUAACUGGUGUUUUACGAGCAUGUAGCUAUGGAGGUUUUGUUAAUGAAGGAAUUGCUAUAUUUUCAAAAAUGGAGGAGUAUUAUGGUGUUAGACCCUGUAAUGAGCAUUAUGCUUGCCUUGUAGAUCUGUUGUGUCAAGAUGGUAGGCUCUAUGAUGCAAUGGAAAUUAUUGAAUUGAUGCCUUUUGAACCAAGUUCAACAAUUUGGAAAUUGUUACUUCAUGCUUGUGUAAGUCAUGGAGAUGUGAGGCUUGCAGAGAAAGUAGCUGUGAGAUUGAUGGAGUUGGAGCCACAUUUAUCUCUACCUUAUGUGGUUUUAGGCCGUGUAUAUGAGAUGAAGGGCCAGUGGGAGGAUGCAGUUCGGGUGAGGGAAGCCAUGAAGAGGAUUGUCUCGGAGAAGGUUGUUGGAUGUAGUUGUAUUGUGAUAAAAGAUCAUGUAUAUAGCUUUACAGGAGAACAGCUGCAACAACAUGCAGGCGGAGAUAUUUACUCCAUUCUCAGAUUAAUGACUUGGGAGAAGGGUGAAACAAUGAUCAUGGAAGUUAAUCAGACAGAUAUUUAUGCUAUUGCAAACAUGGUUAUGGUAUUAUGAGAUGUGUUCAUAUGCUCAUCCCACAAAGAACAAUGCUACUUGCGGCUGGCGUACUGCACGGGGAAUUCAAAUACGCAUUCUAUGCUUGGUAUGACAUGUGAUAGACCUCUUUAGUAUCAAUGCUGGUAUUAUAAAAAAAUCCCUGCAAAUCUGUUGCCAAUUUUAAAUAAUUUGACCUUGUAUCAGUAUGUUUAUUCUCUUUAAUUUAUAUUAAGCUUAAAUAUUUUCUUGUGUGUACUUUCUACCAUUGCUGAUUUUUGCACAGGGACUGUUGGGUGUGCCUAGUGCUGAGGUAUUGGUAAGUGUAACUUUUGCCUUCCUCGAUUUUGUGUUUCCAGUUUUGAUUUUUUUUGGCAAUCAUUUUCUGGUUUACUAUCAUCAGAUUCAUCACAGCUAAUGUUGAAUAUUGUCUGAAAUUUCUGUAAUCUCAGCUAUUCAACUUCAUGAUUUGAGGGCUUUUAUUCAAUGGUUUAUGAUGUGUAAUUUAGUAAGGUAUGUUUUGAUGCUCGCUAGUUCAUUUCUCUUUUCUAGAUGUUGAGAUUUUUGGUUUCGGAGGGUUGACUAGUCAGGCAACCGAAUAUGUUGAUUCUGGAUGUGAUUUGAUCAUUUGGCCUGAUGUGAAUCCGUCCUUUUCUAAUUUGAUAAUAUGAGGCCCUUUUCUUUUCUUUUUUUUUUUUUUUCUAAAAAAAAUAAAAAUAUUAUACUUCCUCUGUUUCAUUUUUACUUGCUACACAACCUCAAGGUACGUACUUUUAGGAGGUAGUCAGAGAAGGUAAGCGAGUGCUUUUAUCAUAAUAUAUGUAGGGAAGGGGUUAGGUACCAUGUGUAAAAAUUAUCUUGAUUAUUUCCGUUGCAUUGAAUCUCUUCCUCAAACAAUGUGCCUUGAGAGUCAAUUAAAAGAAAAUGGAGAAAAUAUGUGAUUAUUAGUUUUUAUUAUGAGAAUGCAUGUGAUUAGUAUUUAGCUUUCUAAGAAGCUACACAUUAUCAGAAAUUACGGUUUGUCAUGUUAAAUGUUUCGGAGUUCUGAUUUUGUCUUAAUACCUUUUGUUAGUUCAAUUUUCAGCAACAUCUAUGAUACCUUAUAGCUCUUUUUGUUGUGUAUAGUGUAGUAUUUAAUGGAGCCAACCGAGCCAUCCGUACCAGCCAAGCCACCUGUGAGUCUAAUGUAUGCAAGAAGAAAAAGACGAGGGAAACACUGAGAGAAUGCAGCAGCAACAAGCAGAGCAGCAGCCACAACACACUGAGGUUUCCCACACCAUUUAAUGGGUGCCAUCAGAAUCUCUAUUGAUAGAUGUAGAAGAAGGCAAAUUAUGUAAAUAUAAUUAGAGAGGAGAGUAUGAGAAGGCAUUCAGUUAUUUUGUAAUUUGUGCUUGCACUAGCAGAUUGACAUAUACAAUAUGUAAUGGAAUUUCAAUUUGCUAUCUUCAAUUAAGUAACUGGAUUUAUAUGACUCAGUUUCUAUAUAAUCUUAUCAAUGCUA